AUGGGCCUUUCCUUGAAGUCGGCUUGCUCCGAGGCCGAACGAGGAGAGCCACCAGCAAAGGCUGUGAACUGUGAUGCUUUGUUUGCAGAGCCACCGGAGUCUCCGGGGCCGCCGGAGGAGGAUCCGGAAGACUUCGAGGAAGUCGUGCCGGAGGAGGAGCUUCCAGAAGAGGAGACGGAGCUGAUGCAGGCCGCAAAGUCUUUUCUGUGGCUUGCCCUUCAGGGAGCCCCGUCCUGGUCGCAGGAGCCAGAAAUGGAUCACUCGGAGGAGGACAGCGAGCAUGCAGAUCAGCAGGAUGUCCGGGGCUAUGCGCCAGCCAAGCCGAAGCCGAUGCCGAAGCAGGGCAAGGCCCGGAGCUGGGCUGAGCCUGGUGCCGAAGAAGGCCAAGGUGAGGGGCCGAGAGACACGGGCGCACAGAAGCAGGAGGAACAUGCCUUUUUCAUGCAUGGGCAGGCCUCCGGUGUCCGAGUGAUCCCGGUGGACGAGGUUGGAGCGACCAUGCAAUUCCCAAGUGUUGUCUGUAAUCUCUGUCGGCAGGGCAACAUCCAGCCGGGCUACGUGCAGGUGAAAGGCUAUAUGGAUGAGGAUGGAAACUUCCAUCCACCGGGCGGCGGACGGCAGAGAGCCCGCGCCCGUGGGGGUGCCAUCGUCCGAGCCCUCGAACUGAGGGGCAAAGCUCUGGAGGCCGCGACCGAGAAAGCCCUCCACACCUCGGAAGUCAUCCAUCACAAAACUUUUCAGGAAGCCUCAGCAAGCUCGGCAUCCUCCAGCUCUGGCUCCUCUAAGCCCAUGCACUGGCUUGGUCGUAAGUCGUACAUCAGCCAGAGAGGCUUGGCUGAUGUUCUCACCAAGCUGAAGGAAUCCAAGCAGCCUUUGACAAACAUCUCGCGACAGUCCAUCAAGCGAGCCCGAGACAAGGUGUUCACACAGACCACUCCAUAUGGACCCUUCUGGGAGACUUCGCGCCUGCCCCGUGUUCCUGGCAAAGAGUCUAAUGACAAAGGCAUCGAUGUGCCGGUGCUUUGUUUGCCUGCUUUCCUUCAUCAUGCAUGUGCACAAGUCACUGGCUUCUCCCAGUUAUUUCUGCGACGGUUGCAAGAGUGCCCGUGCCAGUCGCCCAACGAAGCUUGGCGGGCAGCAAUCUACAAUGAUGAAGUUUCCCCCGGCAAUCAGCUGAAGGGAAAUAACAGCAGGAAAAUCCAGGUGUGGUAUAUGGCAUGGCUUGAGUACGGCCAAGACCAUCUUUUCUACGAGGAGCUUUGGAUGCCUUUGCUCAUGAUCCGGAGCAACCUGGUGAAACAAAUAGAAGGGGGCCUGUCAGCAGUGACAGCCAGGCUUGUGCAACAUUCUUUCCGUGGUGUGCAUAAUCUGGAGAGCGGCAUCCUGCUUUCUUUUCCCGGACACCAGGACAGUCGAAUGUUCUUCGGCAAGCCAGCUGUUCUUCUGGCUGACGAAUCGGCACUGAAACACAUGCUGGACACGAAAGGAGACUCCGAUGAUUUGCUGAUGGCUUCAGUAUGCGGAGUGACUUGCAUGUUCGACUGGAUGCACAUCUAUUUGGUGCAUGGAGUAGCUCACGCAGAAAUCAACUGCAUCCUUGAGCGAAUGGCUGCUCUAAAGAUUCCGAGCACACAGCUGCACGACUUUUUUGACGCCCUGCAGUUUCCCAAAGCAGAUGCCUGGAAGAAAAAGGAGGUCAUGAGCAUCUUCACAUCCAAGAAGAUCAGCGCAGGCGACUUCAAGGCUGCAGCUAGCACGUGCUUGUGCUUUUAUCCUUUGCUGCGAUUAAAUGUCUUUGCGGUCGCGGAAAACCCGCUUUUUGUGAAGGUUUCCAGUGUUCGCUCGGCAUGCAUCUUGCGCAGGGAGGGCCAGGACAAGGUCAGGAUUGCGCCGUGA